GCUAUCCAGAAACUUCCAAAACCAAAAUUGCGGACAGACGUAUAUACUCAUGGAUUUGUCGCUGCUAUUCAUGAAGCCAAUAAGCCUCAUAAACAUCUUCGUCUCAAACCAGAUGAUGUAUGGUUAACUAUCGCUCAGGGUGUUAACCAACAUAUCAAUCUCAAUGCUGAAAAAUUUCGUAGUUAUUUUGCUGAACAUGAUGAAAAAAAACAAUUAGCAUUUUUGCUGGUGAUGAAUUACGUUAUGCUAACAAAUGACUUGAAGAUGAUUGACCUGAAGUUGUCAUCGCUUUGA